GACGUCGGCUGGAAGCGCUCUGUGGCGGCCGGUCCAAGGAGAUGCUAUGGAUUAUGGCCAUGUUGUACAAAUAAUGGAUGCUAUUAUGGAGAUGGAUCUUCCAGGGAGUCAACCCAGAGGGAAACAGAAAGUAUAGUUUAAAAGGAUCCUUGGGGUUUUAGCAUGAAAGGACAGAAGAGAAAAAGAUACAAAUCUUUUAUCAGUCAUAAGGACAAGCUACAUAACUAAGGAACAGCUAUGUUGCGAGAUGCCAUUGGAAAGACUUUUCGUCUUCUUGGAUACACCAUUCAGUAUGGGUGCAUAGCUCAUUGUGCCUUUGAAUAUCUUGGUGGAGUUGUUGUGUGUUCCGGACCUUCGAUGGAGCCUACAAUUCAAAAUUCAGAUAUUGUCAUUUCAGAGAAUCUCAGCUGCCAUUUUUAUUCCAUUCAGAAAGGUGAUAUUGUCAUUGCAAAAAACCCAAGUGAUCCAAAAUCAAAUAUCUGUAAAAGGGUAAUUGGCUUGGAAGGAGAUAAAGUCUGUACAAGCAGUCCUUCAGAUUUUAUUAAGAUUCACAGUUAUGUACCUAAAGGACACGUUUGGUUAGAAGGUGAUAAUCUCAGAAAUUCUACUGACUCCAGGUGUUACGGUCCUGUUCCAUAUGGGUUGAUAAAAGGACGUAUUUGCUUUAAGCUAUGGCCUCUGACUGAUUUUGGAUUUCUACGUGCAAGUCCCAAUAGUAACAGGAUUUGUAAGGACUGAAUGAAUUAUGCUCAUCUGAUUUCUUCUAUAGCCUUAAAAAAAACCUCCAUAAAGAUAUUUUAUAUACCAUAAAAAUUGUGCAGUUAAGAUUCCCUAUGGAUUUAAAUACAAAUUGUUUAAAACUAUACAACACUUUUCAUCUAUCCCACAUACAAAUCCUUCUAACA